AUGGCACCGCUCGCCAGAUACAGCCACCAUCGCGACGAGAGGGCCGCGGAGGAGCUCCACCGCGGCCCCGGUGUCACUAUCUUGGGCAUCCUUCCGGGUGGCGCCACGGCGUUGCUAUCGAUCACUCCUAUCAACAUGGACUGUACCUUCAUGACACCCUGUGCUGUCGCAGGAGGUGUUGGCGUCCUCAGCCAUCUCCUGUACUUCAUCCGCGGUGAACAUCACAAGUAUGCGCAUCGAUGGAUCACCCGGAUCUUCGCAGGCAUUACUGUCCUGGCCGUCUCCGUCCUACGAGUGACUGAGUACCAGUUUUUACGUACACUCAUUCUCACAAUUCUUCUCUCGACUUCGUACUUUGUGGGACUCUAUGGCAGCAUUGGGAUCUAUCGGAUAUUCUUCCAUCCGUUGCGGAAGUUCAAGGGGCCGUUUUGGGCCAGGGCGUCCAACUUGUACCAUAUGUGCAUGAUUCGAAAGUCGGAUAACUACCUUGUUAUGAAGAAGUUGCACAAGCAGUAUGGCCCAAUCAUUCGGACUGGCCCUGCUAAUUUGUCCAUCAAUGAUCCGGCUGCUAUCCCUAUCGUCCUAAGCGACAGGGCUAAAUGUUUCAAGGGCCCGUGGUAUGAUCGAUCUCUGCCGCUUGUGAAUCUACACACGGUGCGUGACAAGAAAGUUCAUGAUGCCCGGAGAAAGGUGUUCAGUAAGGCGUUUACUCCGACGGCUCUGCGCGAGUAUGAAGAACGAGUGGUGGUGCAUUGCGAGGAGUUUGUGAGGCAGAUGAGUCGUCUGAGCGGGAAACCGUUUGACGCGUCUGAGUGGUUCAAAUAUUUUGCGUUUGACGUGAUGGGUGAUUUGGGUCUUGGAAAAGAAUUUCACAUGAUGACUACGGAGACGAAUCGAUGGAUUCCCACUCUCCUAGAGACCAGCAUGAAACAUGUCGGGCCCACGAGCCCUGUCCCUUGGAUGGCGCCCAUUUUGCACAAGAUGCCAUGGGCUGGAAAGGGUGCGCGGGCUUGGUUGGAGUUUGUCGGGUCACAGGUCAAGCAACGCACUCAAAAGAAGUCGGAUAAGCGAGAUAUUCUGUCCCAUCUAAUAGAUGCCUACGACCAGACCGAGAAGAAGGAUAUUGACUAUCAGUGGCUGCGUGGUGAUACAAGGCUGACCAUCGUUGGGGGUUCCGAUACAACGGCGGCAACGCUCACCUUUCUCUUCUAUCACUUGGCAAAGGAUCCGUCACAGGUCGAAAAGUUGCGAGCUGAGUUAGAGCCAUUGCUCAAUGGAAAACCUCAACUCGACCCCAAAGACGUAUCCAAGGCGCAACAUCUCAACGGGGUAAUCCAGGAAACCUUGCGCCUUCAUCCUGCUAUUCCGUCUGGAUUUCCGCGGGUUACUCCCCCAGAGGGUGUUACGAUUAGCGGGACUUAUAUUCCAGGAGGAACCACGAUCGUUAUCCCGUUAUAUGCCAUGCAACAUGACGAAGCUAACUACGCGAAUGCCGAGGAGUUCAUUCCAGAGCGGUGGUACUCGAAGCCGGAACUCAUUAAGAAUAGAGAUGCUUUCUUGACGUGGAAUAUUGGCACAAACGGGUGUAUCGGCCGAGCACUGGCUCUUACGGAGAUGCGGAAUCUGAUCACUUACUUCAUUCGCAACUUCUCGACGGUCAGGUUUGCGCCGGGCGAGGACGGGACGAAAUUGGUGACUGAGACGAAGGACCAUUUUACUGUGGGCGUGAAGCCAUUACAUUUGAUUUUCGAGUAG